GAUGAAGCUGGAAUGACGCCUUCAAACACUCAGAACGAAGACGGCUUUUCAACGUCUUGGAACUGAAGCAUCUUGCGGCCUCAGCCGUUAACAAAAGCCUAGGAGAUGUGGCUUGAUUUGAGAAGCUUGGCGAAGGGGGCUUUAAUCGAACGUUUCUGAUAACAAUGCAAGAUGGCUUUCAGCUCGUGGGGCGAAUUCCUUAUCCUGCUACUGAGCCGAAGCAUCUAGUCAUCGCUAGCGAGGUCGCAACAAUGGACCUUCUCCGUAUGCACGGCAUACCAGUACCCAAGAUCUACAGUUACUCGGCUACAUCGGAGAACCCCGCUGGCACUGAGUACAUCUUUAUAGAACUAGUACGGGGGACAAAUCUGGGCGAUAUCUGGUUCAGCCUGCCAGAGAAGGCCAGAAUCACCGUCGUCACUCGACUCGUCGAAUUGGAGUCUCGACUAUUCGCACUUCUGUUUUUAGCAAGCGGUAGUCUCUACUACACUAAGGAUUUGGACGAUGAAACCAGGAAAGCUGAAGUUUUUACUACCAGCACCUUGUGUAAUGGUAGCUUCUGUGUUGGUCCUGAUACAAGACUUAGCCUAUAUCUAGACAAAUACCUGCAGGCAGUACCUUACAUGAUACUAAACGGAGACCCCACAAUUACUUGCCCAACGCUAAGACACCCUGAUCUCCAACCUAAUAACGUGUUUGUUUUAGACGAUCUCAGCAUUACUGGUCUGAUUGACUGGCAACACUGCGCAUUACUUCCACUUUUCCUCCAAUGCGGUAUACCAAAUAGCGACAACAUCACUCUAAAAGCUGACUUGAUUGAGUUAGAACAAAACUGGUCUAACAUAACAACCUUGAACUUGAACACGAGUAACAAUGCAAAACCUGUUUGCCUGAUUAGUUUCUUAGAAGACAACGUGAAGCAUUACUUGCACCUGAAUGCUGUGCAGAUAGAGGCAGAUGAGCAACUCCAAGCUUGCAGGAAUGCUAUUGGCAUCGGCCCCGAAGGAUGGGUACCUUUGGAUCAGUACGACGAAAUAAAGCAACGUGAAAGUAAGCUCAAGGCCGACGCACUUGAGGCAGCUGAGUCUGAGCAAGAGCGUCUAAUGCUACUCGAGCAUUGGAUAUUCGAUGAUUUCGAUGAAGACGAGUACUCUUGA